AUGAGCAACAACAGUAAUAAGAGAGCGCCAACGACGGCAACACAGAGACUUAAACAAGACUACCUUCGAAUUAAGAAAGAUCCAGUGCCUUAUAUCUGUGCAGAGCCCCUCCCAUCUAAUAUCCUUGAAUGGCACUAUGUUGUACGGGGACCCGAAAUGACUCCCUAUGAAGGUGGCUAUUAUCAUGGGAAACUAAUAUUCCCCAGAGAAUUUCCUUUUAAACCUCCUAGUAUUUAUAUGAUUACACCUAAUGGAAGGUUUAAGUGUAAUACAAGGUUGUGUCUUUCAAUCACUGAUUUCCACCCGGAUACAUGGAAUCCAGCUUGGUCAGUCUCAACGAUCUUGACAGGCCUUCUUAGUUUUAUGGUGGAAAAGGGCCCCACACUGGGCAGCAUAGAGACGUCAGAGUUCACAAAAAGACAGCUCGCUGCACAAAGCUUAGCAUUUAAUUUAAAAGAUAAAGUCUUCUGCGAGCUCUUCCCUGAAGUGGUGGAGGAGAUUAAACAAAAACAGAAAGCACAAGAGGAGCUCAGUAACAGACCUCCAUCCCUCCCUUUACCAGAUGUUGUCCCUGAUGGGGAAGCACACUACGGUCAGAAUGGAAUACCCCUUCUUAAUGGGCAUGUACCAUUGGCACCUGCCAAUCAUCCAGGUCUCCAGCAGGCCAACCGUAACCAUGGACUUUUAGGCGGAGCUUUGGCGAACUUGUUUGUUAUAGUUGGUUUUGCAGCCUUUGCCUACACAGUCAAGUAUGUACUGAGAAGCAUAGCGCAAGAAUGAGGAUAAUAAAAGAAAUCCAAGACCAAAUUAGUGGUAGUUGCAGAAUGAGUGGGACUCUUUGGGCAUCUGACUCUGACACUGGGAUAAAUAUUUGUUUUA